CUCUUUUUAUUCCUUGACCUAGGUUUUUUUAUCCCUCGCCUCCUUCUUUUUCUUUCCCCCUCUCUCUUCCCCUUCCUUGCAUUUUCUUUCUCGUUCUCUGAAGGUGAGUUAUUAUCUUUUCUUCCCUUGAUCUAUGUUUUUUUUAUCUUUCUCACUCACUCUCUACACAUCUUUGUCACCAGAUCUACUACACUUUGAAAGUAAGUGAAUUUUUCUCCUUCUCCAGAUCUAUUAUUUCUCUCCCACUUUUCGGUUGAAAGCAACCUAAUUUGCUAUUUUUUUCUCACUCUUCAAAAGUGAGUAAACCUUUUUCAUUCCCUUGAUCUGAGUUCCUUAUCUCUCUUUGUCCCUUUCUCUCUCUAUUUCUUUUCCCUAGAUCUAUGCUUUGAAAGUGAGCAAAUGGUUCUCUUUUCCAGAUCUAAUAUUUCUCCACCGCUCUUUGAUGGAAAGCAAUCUGAUCUAUGCUUUCGUUCUCACUCUCUAAAGUUGGUGGGCUUUGGCUUCAAAUUGCACAACCUAGGUGAAGGGACACAGGACUUGUGAAUCAAUGGUAGUUCUUACUUUUACUCGAGGAACUUUGAGAAUCUUUUAAAAGUGGAGUGGUUGUGCAAACACUAUGAUGUCUCGUAGAUAAUACAUAGAGGCAACACCAUUAUGGGAUGUUAUAUUCCAUACAUGUUUGCAAUUUAAUUGCAUGCACUUAGGUUAGCUUUUUUUUCUUCUUUAUCUUGGUUAACAAUUGCUAAUAAUUUCCUUCCUGGCACAACUUUUUUUUUUUUGUCAUUAUCAUUGAUUUUGCUUCUACAUUUCAUAUUUAUCACAAUUUUGUUAAAAUUCGUGUUUACUUCUACUUUUUCUUUGGCCUAUUUUUUUUUAUUGCAAACCAUGGUACAACUCAUAAGUUUAAAUUGGUGUCUUAAUAUCCAAUCUUUUCAUUCUAACAAAUUAUAACACUUGAUCAGGAUUAAGAUUCAUGUUGGUUUAGAUGGAUAUGAUGAUAAUAAUGCAUUGAGAGGAGUAAUCUAACAACUAUAAUUCUUAUAGUCCUUUGUGCUUAGAGUGUUACUACAACGAAGAUAUGAGUGAAUAAUAAGUGACAACUUGGUUAGCAAUUAGUAAAUGCUUAUUUGUGUAGUCUUGUGAGGAUAAUUUGGUCCGAGACACUGAUAAAAGGAGAAACCAAAAUAUUCACUCUUUUGUAUUUUGAGGGACAUUUAACUUUAUGUAUAAAAUUUGGCUGACUAGAGUGAUCAUGGAUCUUUCUAAAUGCAAUUUACAUUUACAUUGGUAAGGUGUUGAUUAGGUGUAAAGUUCACCCAAGCAUUAGCACAUUAACUCAAAAGUAUCAUAUGAAAAUAUAGGGUCAUAGCCAUUUGUUAUCCAUUUGCUCAUCAUAUUCAUUGUUGCCAUUAUCUCAAACCCUAUUUAUUCGAUGAAUGAUGAACAUUUACAAAGCUUUUUUGUAUAAUGUUUUUGCAUUUCACAUUUUUUUUCCUAACUCAGUUUGUAAUGAUGUUGACUUUAUCUACUAUCAGUGGCCCUUCUACUCUAUAUGCACUCCACUCUGUAAAAGAUUUUUGGGAUCCUUGAGGACAAAGUAAGCAACACUAUAAGAAGUCUUGCGUCCCUUCAUUCUAGGCAGUGCAAUAAAGUACCAUUUUUCAAGAAAUAUUUGGACAAGCUUUCGAUCGAUCAUAAUUGUUAGACCUGACAAUCCCUUAAAUUGUGUUGCUCAUCACUGGUGCAUGAGAGUCUUAACCAUAAUGACUAAUUGCCUUGACUGGGUGGCUCCCUCAAUCAAUGCCCCAAUCACACCAAUCAUCAUAAAAGAUGUUGAAGUCACACUCACUCUAUAUAAGUGCACAUCAAGGGGUACCCCACAUGGUCUUUGCUCCUGGAUUUUGUCCAAUGCAGUCGGAUGACUUGCCCAAAAUGUUGGUCCAACACCAACAGUACCAAGAGCAUCCACCCACCGCCUUCGCCCUCAAACAUAACAGAAUUCUAGUGAAGUGGACGCGAAGAAACGAAGCUUCCAAUCUUAUAUCUAAACCCUCUCCUUUGUCCAAUCCAUCUCAUUCUUCUCUCCCUCUCUCUCACAUUCACUACCAGCCAGCUAUCCUUGUUCGCUGUUUCCACUUUGGAAGAAACACAAACAUGAACAUGGAAGAUGGUGUCAUGCUGGUCAGAAAGGCCGAGAUAGACACAAGGGCGCCAUUCCGGUCUGUCAAAGAGGCUGUCUCGUUGUUUGGUGAGAAAGUUUUGGCCGGGGAAGUUUAUGCAAGUGCUAACAAGCUCAAAAAGAGUGGAGCAAAUGAAAACGGCGGUGAAUUUUCGAGAAUUGAAAGCGUUGAAGCCGAGUUAGAUGAGACGCGGGAAAACCUGCAGAGGGCAAAGGAAGAAAGCAUGGUAAUGGCGCAUUGUCUGUCUUCUCUGCAGGAAGAGCUAGAACGUACGAAGCAAGAGCUCCGACAAUUGAAGCAACGGGAAACACAGAAGCACCCAGAGGAAUCUGAAAUCGAAGAUGUAAAGUUUGUGGAGAACUUAACGACGUUUGGAGUGAAAAGUUCGAGAUUCGACGAGGAUAAGAUGGAGUUCCAAAAGAAAAGGUACGUGACGUUCGCGAACCCGCAACACGGGGUUGAAAAGUUGGAAAGGCACCCUUCUCUCAGGAAGAAGAACAAGAAGUCGCUCAUUCCUUUCAUUGGAGCCAUCUUUUCAAGGAAAAAGGGAACCCAAGAAAUUCCAUGAAACCAAUUUUUAAUCACACCAAGUACCAUAUAUGUUUUCUGUUUACUACUAAUUAAUAUGUUAAUUGGCAACUGCAUUUUGUUUAGAGUUUCUUCUCAGAAGGUAUAUUUUCAUGUCCUCUGUAAUCUAACAGACUUCAAUGGCAAAUGGUCCGUACAGUGUAGUUAAUUAAACUCAUGAGAUGCCGGUAGCAGACAGAGUAGCGGAAUAUGAAUGCAUGUUGAGCGUGGUUCAUGUUAUAAAGCACCAUUAUUCCAAUUUCA